CUCAUUAUCCCGCGGGAUGGACACCUCGUUAAUUGAGCUUACCAUUAGGAAUCGGCACAGGAUCCUUCGAACCGAUCCCGAUGAUGGUGGGCAUCGGUGGUCAGGUUCUUUCUCCCACAUGGACCGUGCUACAUCAUCGAAGUUCUCCGUAGCGUGGGCGAUGCUCACUGUUACUACCAUCGGUAUCAUCAUCGUCACCAUCACAACCGCCAGCAUGAACUACCCUAUCGAUCUGAGAUUCCAGACUGAGCAUUUCGGAGCAUCAUUCUCUGGGUGGUCUUCUGUGCCACUGAGAAAUGAAUCAUUACGACACCGAGAAAGAAUGUUACUUCAUGAUAGUUUCUAUAUACAGGUACUUUCGUAAGGACUCGUGGUACUUUUAUUAUGCUUGCUGU